AUUAAAAAGUGAGGCAGAUAACAACGUUCUGGUAUCCACGAGUCGUUAAAAGACAACUCGUGAUCCCAUCUUUCACAAGCUUGGUCCAUUGCAUUUCGGAUCAGACGGCCGAGGUCGAGUUGUUAAGAAUUUAAACGUUUUGUGACAUGGCGGGGGUAAAUUAUUUCGGAAUUUUGGAUUAUGUCGCCGUCGUGGGGACGCUAUGCCUCUCGUUGGGGAUCGGUCUGUACUACGCAUGCGCAGGGAAGCAAACCAAUGAGGACAUGCUCGUCGGAGGGAGGAGUAUGAACCCCAUCGCGAUCGCAGCCAGCAUGUUGGUCACGUAUCUCUCAGCGAUUACAAUUUUAGGUUAUCCGGCAGAAGUGUAUACUCAUGGAAUUCAGAUAUUCAUGAUCACCAUCAUGUCCACGAUUUGCAUCCCGCUGAGCACAUUUGUCUUUGUGAAAGUAUUUUACAAAAUGAAAUUGACCAGUGUGUACGAGUAUUUAGAGCUGAGAUUUGAAUCUAUCACGGUCCGAUGGUUGGCGAGUUUCACGUUCAUCGUGCAAGUCUUGUUGAUCAAUGGGGUCGUUCUGUUCGCACCGGCGAUCGCUCUGGAGGCCAUUCUAGGCGUCCCGGUGUGGCAGUCGGUCGUGGGGAUUGGCGUCAUCGGAACGGUGUACACGUCCAUGGGCGGUAUCAAAGCGGUCGUGUGGACGGAUUGCUUUCAGUUCCUCAUGAUCGCGGUCGGCAUGGUCUCAAUCAUGGUCCGCGGAUUCAGCACUGCGGGCGGAAUCUCGGAAGCAUUUCGCAUCGCUGGGGACGGAGGACGGCUCGUUCUAUUCGACUUCACCUUUGACCCAUUUAUGCGUCACAACUUCUGGAAUUUUUUCUUUGGCUUUGGUUUCGCCAUUUUUUCCUUGUACGGAACCCACCAGCCGCAAGUGCAGCGGUACUGCAGCCUCCCAUCCGUCGGACAUGCGAUCAAGGCGCUCCUGUUAACGAUUCCGCUUGGAUUUUUUACAAUGUCUUUGGUCAUUUGUACUGGGAUUAGCAUUUUCGCCACUUAUUCCGGUUGUUGUCCAAUCUUGUUAGGCACCGUUCGACGAGCGGACGCCAUCGUGCCGCACUUUGUUAUAAAUGAGCUUUCAUUCAUUCCUGGAUUAAUGGGGAUUUUCGUGUCUUGCAUUUUUUCUGCGGUGCUCAGCACGGUGUCGUCGACGCUGAACAGUUUGGCAGCCGUGACGUGGGAAGAUUUCAUCUCAAAGAUAAGACUUUUCCAAGGCAUGAGUGGGGACGGGCAGGCGAAUUGUAUUCGUAUCAUUGCCGUCCUGUAUGGCGUGGUAUCGAUCGGGCUAGCGUUUGGGGCGCAGUACUUGGGACAGAUUUUCCAAGCGACCAUGACCGCGGUGGGAGCAACGGCCGGUCCGUUGGGAGGAGUUUUCGUCUGCGCCUUGUUCAUGCCGUGGAUGAACAAAUAUGGUGCGAUUGGUGGGAUGAUUGUGGGGCUGACGUCGAUGAUGUAUCUGGCCGUACAGGCCUUCCUCCUGGGGAAGCAGUACCCCAACCUCAACCUCCCACUCCACACCAGCCUCGACCAGUGUCCGGCUGGGACGGACUAUUCGCUAAUGAAGAAUUCCACCCUCCUCCCACCACCAGAAUGGGAAUGGCCGACCAAAAUUUAUACGAUUUCAUACAUCCUCUACCCCAUCGUGGGAGCCAUUCUUACCGCCGUCGUGGGGAUGAUUGUCAGCAUAUUGACCGGAGGGUGCUGCUCGAGUCGUAAAGUUCCGCGAAGGUACCUCCACCCUUCAAUACACUGUCUGAGCGAUAACGACGACGUGGAAACGCGUCCCUCCGAGAAGGCACAUGUCGACAGGAGCAUCAGUUUCAAAUAUUCGUCACAUCAACAACAAGCAUCCAACUUCCCGUACAAAUAUGAUAAAGUUUCCUCCUCUAAGUAAUUAAAUAAAUGAUGAAUUAAACAAUAUAAUUGUUAACAAACUUGGAAAGUUAAA